AUGGCCUGGCAGUCUUUGUCCGGCGUGGGUGGGGCCGGCAAUGGGGGCAGUGGAGGAGAAGCCCAACAGCAGGCAAAUCAACCCCAGGGCACGGAAUAUACUCUGCAAGGUGUGAUGCGCUUCCUACAAACUGAAUGGCACCGGCACGAACGAGAUCGCAACGGUUGGGAAAUUGAAAGACAGGAGAUGAAGGGGAGGAUAGCGAGGUUGGAGGGCAGUACGAGGAAAUCGGAUAGUUCUAAUAAGAGUCUGAAGAAGUAUAUUACUAUGCUGGAGAAGGCCUUGAGGGAGAGGGACGCGCAGGUCAAGGCAUUGAAAGCUGGGCGAGAUCUUAGCUCCGAGCCAACUAAGGAAGAAGGGAAGGAGAUUCUCGCGGGGAAAAAUAAGGAGCAUCGACCAGCCCAAGAGAAACGCCACAAUUCGUUCUUAGAAGUCGGAGCAGAUAGCGAUGUGGGGAACUUGGAAGAGGAUCCAGACAGAGGGAGUCUAAAGGGCUUCAUGGAUAAGACUCAAGGCGAACUUACAUACCUGAUGGUUUCACCGUCGAACCCUUUGCCGCCUAGGGAACAUCCAUUCGAGGAAAUGCUACAGGCCCCAAUGUUCGACGUACCGCAGCGGAGUCUUGAGGAGGUCUACCAACAACAAGCAAGACAGAAAAGCAAUGUGCGGGAGACAAAUCUUGCAAGGCCAUCACCAUCGCCAAACCACCAACCACCCCCCAUACCUUCUACCACGAACCUUGCAGCCCGAAAUGUAGAUCCGCCUCCAACCCGAUCACUUGCGGACCAGCAGCCAUUACCUCAAACUUCCCAGUCAGAAUGGUCUUCCACAUUCCAGAUGGCCAGUAUGCCCCCUCCAGAAGAGCCAGUCACAAAGGCGAAUCCCAACUUUGAUACAUAUGGCCGUCCGAUCGAGACCCGCGAAGGAACCACCGAGAAAGCACCCCAGGCGGACGUAGAUGGCUGGGAUUUCAACGAGGCAGCACAGUUUCCGGAUCCGGAGAAGCCCACUCCCCAGAGGCCGGAUACCGAUUUAUUUCCGAUUGCUCAAGACCCCCCCAAGUCUCCAGGCCGGACAGCGUCAGGGUCGCAUAGGAGAAAAGGUUCUAUGUCACGGCGCAAGAGCGGGCCCGAGCAUGAACUUUCCUUAAACCAACAUCAGAAGACUGAUGGGGCUUUGAAGGUGCGGUUCGGUCUAAGGGGCCAUUUGGAUGUUGUUCGGUCUGUUAUAUUCAGCGGUGGUGGAAGCCCCGGCGAACCCGAGAUUUGUACUGCUGGUGAUGAUGGAAUAAUCAAGAGAUGGAUUAUCCCCGCGCGGUACGAAAACCAAGGAGGCAUACAUGUUAGCGCGAAUGAUUUGGAUAUUUCGAGCUACUUUACGCAUCGGGGUCAUACGGGAGCAGUAAUGUGCCUUACCUCCUGGUCUCCGUCUCAGAAUUUCUCCAGUGGUGGACGAGCUCAAGGUGACGGCUGGAUUUUCUCAGGGGGUCAAGACGGUACGGUAAGAGUAUGGGAACGUGGCCGGGUAGACCCAAAGGCAACACUUGAUGGCCACACUGAUGCCGUGUGGACAGUUUGCGUUCUCCCCGGAACAACAGGGGCAGUCUUUGGGCCAAGCAACGCUUAUGGUGGUCCUGAUCGCAUUAUUCUUGCCAGCGGGGCUGCGGAUGGAACGGUAAAGGUCUGGUCUGUCAGUGCUCCACCGCAGUUGAUGUCGCCUCAAAGUGGUAGCAGUACCAGUAGCAAUAACCGGAGAGGUGGUCGCGUUCGAGGAAACUCCAUGUCAUCCGGAUCUGCCUUCCCUUCCUCCCCGCAACCCAGCGUGGCAUCAAACUCGCCCUUCCAUCACACUUUGAUCCAUUCGAUAUCACGAGAUAACAGUACCGCUUCACCGACCUGUAUCACCCCGCUUUCGGCUUCUGGGGAUACUUUCGUGGUGUCUUACUCAGAUGCAGCUGUCAUUGUGUACGAUACCCGAACUGGAGAAGAAGUGGCUUCUAUGGCUAGCCUGGAGACGUACAACGGCACAGAUGCAACUGGAGUCAACGCAGUUGUGGCAACGACAAACGGCCUCGACGGAUCCUUAAGUUUUGAUUCUGGGCGAGGAUUGUCGGAAGAUGAAGGCGUCGUCGGCGGAGCUACGGGCACAAUCGGCGGGGUGGAAGGCACCAUCAUCAGUGGGCAUGAGGAUCGAUAUAUUCGUUUCUACGACGCGAACAGCGGCCAAUGUACAUACAAUAUGCUAGCUCACCCGGCUGCGAUCUCAGCACUGUCGCUUUCGCCGGACGGACGUGAGCUCGUUUCAGCCGGGCACGACGCAAGCCUCAGGUUCUGGAGUCUUGAAACGAGAAGCUGCACCCAGGAGAUCACCAGCCAUCGUCUGAUGAGGGGUGAGGGUGUGUGCUCCGUGGUCUGGAGCCAAGAUGGGCGAUGGGUCGUCAGCGCAGGGGGCGAUGGGGUCGUGAAGGUCUUCGCUCGAUAG